AUGCCUACCUACCUCCUCCAUGGUUUCCGUUGGAAAAGAGAGAAUAUCCGUAUUUAUGUGAUUCUAAAUGACAUCGAAGAUGCAGCUCCAGAAUGGCUAAUGGCGCCCUUGACCUCGAAUGCUCUCCUCAAUUCCUUUUACAAACAAUUCGAUUUUCUUCCACCAAGCAGUCCGGGUCCCAUUGAUAUUGCACCUACUGCCAGUUCCCCCACAGAAUGCACAACUCCCAAGCCGCAAUCCCCAAAAACCCUCACGAAGAAGAACAAAAAAUCCAUGAUCUCUUUAAAGUCACCUCACAAGAAGAAGUCCAGCUUAACAUUGAGGAGAGGGAAUUCGAAUGGACAGAACAAUGCUAGUAAUUCGGGUUCGGAAACUUUACAUAGUAGAUCAGCAUCAGGAGCUACAAAUGCGAUUUCGAGAGAACCGUCGCAUGAUGGACUGGAAAAGCCAUUGCGAUUUAAUGAUUGGAGUGCGGUCAAAUUGGUCGAACAAUAUGAUCCAGAGGAUUUGAAAACAGCCAGUCAACCGUGGGCCUAUGUGUCAGAUUAUAUGGUUGAAAUUGGUUUGGGUGUCAAUAUAUGCGAAGAGGUGGAGAAGUAUAAAGCCAAUGUUGCAGAAGCAGGACGUGUUCCUCCCAAUUGCGAGGAAUUGGGAAUGACUCCAGAAGAAAUCAAGAAGAGGAACGAAAAAGCAGGGUGGCUUGAUAAGUUGAGGCAGAACUUGGAGGCAGAUGAAGUGUGCAAUUGGUAUGUGGUUGUCUGUGGGGAUGAGGAAAGAUGGGCUCCGGAUAUUGAUUUGUCAGAUGAAAUGCAAAGUGGUGACGAGACUGAAGUAGACGAUUCGCCAGUAAAAUUGUCGAGGAGGAAAAAGUUCAGGGAUUGGCUUAACAAGCAGAUAUCUUACCAAAAUGGUGUACCAGAUGGACAUGGCCCUUCUAAUGGUAGUCCGAACCAUGUAGCGGGCACAGAUACAUAG